ACCUCAUUCCAUCAGUGAGUAAAACCGAGGAGAGGAGGCAGAGUGACCCCACCGCCCUGAACGCAUUUUCACGUCCAAGCGCUCAUUCCUCACGGCACGGUGGGGAUAAAGUUUGGGAUAAAGUACAACUUAGAACAUACCUCACCUUUGCUCACCCGGGUGUGUGUCUCUGUGUGUGCUUGUUACGGGACUUUUUCUUGCGGAGGUUGAAUACCCAGCUGGUUUGCCUGCCUUACCUGUCCCAUUCGCCGGUCCUCGUUGCGUUGUGUCCAGCCAGCAGCGUCCCCAGUUCCAGUCCAGUCCAGCUGUGAGACACCGGUCUGCUAGAUCAUCAGGAUGAAACAGCUCAGAGCACUAUGUGGCUUCACUCUGCUGAGCCUGGCCGUCCUCGCCACCGCCAGGCCAAAAGCAGGUCCCGAGCAGAAAUGUAAGUCUGGCCCGGUGGAUCUGGUCUUCCUCAUCGACAGCUCUCGCAGCGUCAGGCCACACGAGUUUGAGACCAUGAGGAAGUUCAUGAUCGACAUCCUUAACACCCUGGACAUUGGACUCAACGCCACCAGAGUGGGAGUGGUUCAGUACUCCAGCCAGGUCCGCACUGAGUUCUCUCUGAAUACCCACGCCAAGCUGGACACCAUGGUGAAAGGCAUAAAUAAGAUCAUUCCCCUCGCUCAGGGUACCAUGACCGGACUCGCCAUCAAAUAUGUGAUGAACGAAGCCUUUACCCACGAGGCGGGAGACAGGCCAAAGGUCCCCAACGUGGCCGUGAUCGUGACAGAUGGACGUCCUCAGGACCGCGUGGCAGAGGUGGCAGCUGAGGCCAGAGAGAAAGGCAUCGAGAUCUACGCUGUGGGGGUGGCCAGAGCCGACAUGGCAUCACUUAGGGCCAUGGCGUCCCCACCCUUCGAAGACCACGUCUUCCUGGUGGAGUCCUUCGAUCUCAUUCACCAGUUUGGACUGCAGUUCCAAGACAAGCUCUGCGGUGUGGAUCUGUGUCUGGAGUCGGAGCACGGCUGUGAGCACAUCUGUGAGAGCUCCCCGGGCUCCUACCACUGCCUCUGUCUGCCCGGAUACACUCUGAAUAUCGAUGGGAAAACAUGUGCAGCCAUAGAUCUGUGUGCUGAGGGGAAAAACGACUGUGAACAAAUCUGCAUCAGCUCUCCUGGUUCCUUCACCUGCGACUGCAACAAAGGAUUCAAACUGAAUAACGACAAGAAGACCUGCUCAAUGAUCGACUACUGUUCAUUUGGGAACCACAGUUGCGAUCAUGAGUGUGUGAGUGUGCUCAAUGGCUAUCACUGCCGCUGUAACGAGGGAUACAGGCUGCUGGACGACGGCAAGACCUGCAAGGCCAUUGACCUGUGCGCUGAGGGGAAACAUGACUGUGAACAAAUCUGCGUCAGCGCGCCGGGCGUCUUCACCUGCGACUGCAACAAAGGAUACACUCUCAAUGAGGACAAGAAGACCUGCACACCCAUUGACCUGUGUGCCGAGGGAAAGCAUGACUGUGAACAAAUCUGUAUCAGCGCUCCUGGCGUCUUCACCUGUGAUUGCAACAAAGGAUUCAAACUCAACAAAGACAAGAAGACCUGCACAAACAUGGACCUGUGUAACACAGUGGAGCAUGGCUGUGAGCACCGGUGUGUGAGCACUCCAGGAUCUUAUUACUGUAUCUGUCCAGAGGGACAACUGCUGCAGGAGGACGGCAAGAGUUGCGGCACCUGCAAGUCUGCAAACAUCGACCUGGUGCUUCUGAUCGACGGCUCCAAGAGCGUCCGCCCUCAAAAUUUCGAGCUGGUCAAAAAGUUUGUUAACCAGGUUGUGGACUCCCUGGACGUGUCGGCUCACGGCACCAGAGUUGGUCUGAUUCAGUACUCCAGCCGGGUCAGGACAGAGUUCCCACUCAACAUGUACCACACUGCUGACGAGAUCAAAGCUGCUGUCAUGAAGGUUGACUACAUGGAGAAAGGUACGAUGACAGGUCUGGCCCUAAAACACAUGGUGGAGAACAGCUUCUCAGAGGCAGAGGGCGCUCGUCCUUCCAGCCGCAACAUCCCCCGAAUCGGACUGGUCUUCACAGACGGACGCUCUCAGGACGACAUCACAGAGUACGCCAAGAAGGCCAAAGAAGCCGGCAUCACCAUGUACGCUGUGGGUGUUGGAAAAGCUGUGGAAGAUGAGCUCCGUGAGAUUUCAUCUGAGCCUGUGGAGAAGCAUUUCUAUUACACCACCGACUUCACUGCCAUCAGCACCAUCGCAGAGAACCUCAAACUCAAUGUCUGCCCAGAGGAGAGUCAGGGGGAGAUCGAGGUGAAGGACCCAUGUGCCUGCGAGAGUCUGGUGGAGUUCCAGCAGGCCACCAUGAACAGCCUGGAGCAGCUCGCACUGAAACUGUCUGGUAUGACUGCUCGCCUGGAGCAGUUGGAGAACCAGCUCCUCUCCCGGAAGUGAUCUGGUCGUCACAGUGAGCGAGCAGGACGCCGCAGAGAAAGAAUAACAGAGUGAGGAGGAAACCCUUCCAAUCAAAGGACAAAACCAAAGUGUCUUUUCACAAAGCCUUUGCAGCCUUCAAUAAAGCAGCCUUUUAUAAAACAGAAGGAUUCUACAUUUUACGCCUGGGUGUGUAACUACAGUGUACAUGUGCCAACAAACUUUGUAAACUAGACGUAAUCAGUGUACUGUAGAUAUUAACACACAAUAUUAUUCAGUGAGAACAUGAGUAGCAGUUUUCAUCACACAGUGUUCAUUCAUAGUCACACACCAUUCGUCUUAGCGCCCUGUUUAUACUUGAUCAGUUUUGUACGGUUUGUUAAAUAUGAUGUAUUUAUAGCAGAGGGGUUUGUUUUUUUUAAGUACCACAGUAGAAUAGCAAAUAAAUAAAGUGUUAUUACCACUCCCAAUAUAAAAUUGGCUUGGGUCAUUUUCAUACAAAAUAAUUACUUGCUUGCUUGUAGAAACUAGUUUUGAUUACAGUGUUGAGUAUAUUGUUGAAAAAAAAAGGGAAGAUAAGAAGUUCCACUGUUCACUAAAGCUGUGGUCUGUUGUUGAAAGAGAAAAUGUGAUGAAUUGGCCUCACGUUCGUAAAUCUAAUUUGUUCUUCACUCUGCACUUUGUGGAUUUUUUCUUACAGUGCCCUUAACAUGGCUGACUGUACAUACAGUAAAAAAAAAAACAAGUAGUUCACAUGAUAUUUUUGGCAGGAAAUCCUUCCGUCUAUCUGAAAGUGGUCAGUUAAAUCAUCAGCUUUCCCUGACCAGUUUGUUAAAAUCUACUUACAUUAGACUAAUACAGAACAAGAGGCCUCACAGGGCACUGUAUGUCAAACAAUGAUCACCUUAAUUAUGGUAGAUCGUCUUACUCUGAUAGUUUCGUAUAAAAAAUAAAAAAAGACCACCACAAAUGUAAACCCCUUCAUAUUUGAAUGCCUGUAUGUUUUUGUAUAUUUUCUAAUAGCUUUUUGUAUUUGUCUGAUGAAUCCCUGUAGUACAUCACAGAAGGCAAUAAAACAGUGAACUUUUCA